AUGUCCCAAGAUACAUCCUCGGGGGAUAACCCCGUCCCGAAGUUGUGGUGGAUCAUGGUGGGCGGCAACAGCCUCGCUUCAUCCCCAUCUUGGAACCGAUUUCUCUCCAUGACAGCCGAACGGAACAAGGUAAGUCGGGACGCAAAGAAAGAGAAGACGGGUUUCAAGGAGGCUCAGAAAGCUGCGAAAGAAGAGCUUGAAAGAGCCAAGAAAACGUAUAAGGAGACAUUCGCCGGCGGAGUGACGGCCUGGAGGGAGCGGAGCCGUGGAGCAGAAACCACUGCUAACGGAACCGGACCUGGGACCGGUCCAGAUCCCGAGCAGCGCACCGAGGAGACGACCACUGCUGGACAAAACAGGCCCGAGGGAGAUGGCUGA